AUGACCGGACUGCCGUCCUCUUCCUACCCCGGCCAGGUCCCGUCGCCAGCCGCCAUGAUUUCGCCGGAAAACAAGGAGAAAAGCUCCGGUUUUGACAGAAACUUCGCCGGCUUCGUUCUCCGUCGUCUGGCCACCGAUUCCGGCAACGUAAGUAGCUCGAUUUACGAAUUGGGUUUCGGCCGGAUUUCGAGGGGAGAUUCCGGCCACUUUUGGUCAGAUUUUGGGGUACAUCCAAGAACAAAAGUGACUCCAAAUAAGGUGUUUUACCUAGGGUAG